AUGUCGUUCAAGGAGGUGGCUGUGUUCUUCACACCUGAGGAGUGGGCUCUGUUGGAUCCAGCCCAAAGAACUCUGUACUGGGAAGUCAUGCAGGAGAAUUACGAGUCUGCUGCUUCUGUGGGACUUCGGGUUCCUGGGCCAUUCCUCGACUUUAAACAGCAUCCAGGGGAGAUGUUCUUCCUCCAGAGCUCUGAGGAAUUGGGACGGUGUGCAGCUGUCCUCAUGUCAGAAGGAUCUUCUGUUCCCAAAGAUGACUACCACACUUGCAUAGUGAAAGAGGAGCUUGUCCAGGACUCCAAGGAAGCCGAAAUGCCAUCAGAAGGAUCUUCUGUUCCCAAAGAUGACUUCCGCUCUUGGGUAGUGAAAGAGGAAGAGGAGUUUGUCUGGGAUUCAGAGGAAGCCAAACUACCAGCAGGACUUUGGGUUCCUGGUCAAGUCCUGGAUUCUGAGCUGCAUCCAAGGAAGAUGUUCUUCCUCCAGAGCUCUGAGGAAUCGGGAAGGGGCGCAAGCGCCCUCUUGUCAGAAAAAGUUCCUAUUCCCAGAGAGGACCGCAUCUCUUGCCUAGUGAAAGAGGAAGGGAAGUUUGUCCAGGAGAAAGCAGAGCUGCCAGCAGAUGAUGAGGCCUUGAAGGAAGAGGAAGGCUUUGCCUCAAAAGAAGCGCAGGAGAGUUUACCCGGAGGAUCUCAAGAGAACAUUUCCUUCCCAGAUGAGCGAGCAGGCGAUGAGUUGGAGGCAGAGAAUGAGAGGGAACCAGGAGGGGUGUCUGCAGAAAAAGAGGAGGAUCUGGAGGCAGAAGAGGAACCUGGGAAUCAACAGGGAGCCAAAAAGAAGUGGAGAUGGAAAAAGGAAGCAGAAAGGAAGCAGAGAAAAGCCAGUGAUAAGAAAAGUCAGAAAAUCCAAACAGGUGAGAAACCUCAUAAAUGCAUGGAGUGUGGAAAGAGCUUUAGUCGGCAUGGAGGCCUUGUAAUACAUCAAAGGAUUCACAGUGGUGAGAAGCCAUAUAAAUGCUUGGAGUGUGGGAAGAGCUUCAGUCAGAGUGGACACCUUCGAUUACAUUGCCUGCUACACAGUGGUGAGAAGCCAUAUAAAUGCUUGGAGUGUGGGAAGAACUUCAGUCAGAGCGGACACCUUAGAUUACAUCGCCUGCUUCACAGUGGUGAGAAGCCAUAUAAAUGCUUGGAGUGUGGGAAGAGCUACAGUCAGAGCGGGAGCCUUACAAUACAUCGCCUGCUACACAGUGGUGAGAAGCCAUAUAAAUGUUUGGAGUGUGGGAAGAGCUUCAGUCAGAGUGGAAACCUUAGAUUACAUCGGCUGCUACACAGUGGCGAGAAACCAUAUAAAUGCUUGGAGUGUGGCAAAAGCUUCAGACGGAGCGAACACCUUAGAUUACAUCACCUGCUGCACAGUGGUGAGAAGCCUUAUAAAUGCUUGGAGUGUGGGAAGAGCUUCGGUCAGAGUGGAAACCUUAGAUUACAUUGUCUGCUACACAGUGGGGAGAAGCCAUAUAAAUGCUUGGAAUGUGGAAAGAGCUUCAGUAGUGGAUCUGGCUUAAGUUUUCAUCGACCACUUCAUACAGGGGAGACUCCAUAUAAAUGCUCUGAUUGUAGCAAGAGUUUUGCUCACCAAUCAAGCCUUAAUAUACAUAAAAGGAGACAUAGAGGGGAGAAACCAUAUAAAUGCUUGGAGUGUGGAAAGAAAUUUAGUAGGAAGCAAAGCCUCAUUGGACAUCAAAGUGUUCAUACAGGGGUGAAGCCAAAUAAAUGCCUGGAGUGUGGGAAGAGCUUCAGUAUGAAAGCGAAACUUAGUCGACAUCAGAAGAGUCACACAGGGGAAAAACCAUAUCAGUGCUUACAGUGUGGGAAGAACUUCAUUUGGAAGGACAGCCUCACUUUACAUCAGAGGAGUCACACAGUGGAGAAGCAUUAUAAAUGCUCAGAGUGUGGGAAGAGUUUCAGAUACAGCUCAAACCUUAGUCGUCACCAAAAAAUUCACACAGGGGUGAAGGCACAUAAAUGCUCAGAGUGUGGGAAGAGCUUUAGGCACAGCACCAGCCUUACGAGUCACCUAAGGAUUCACACAGGGGAGAAGCCAUAUAAAUGCUCAGAGUGUGGGAGGAGCUUUAGUCAAAGUGGAAGCCUGAAGUUACAUUUCCUGCUUCACACAAGUGAGAAACCACAUCAGUGUUUGGAAUGUGGGAAGAGCUUCAGACGGAGAGACUACCUUACUUCACAUCAACGCAUUCACGCCACAAGGCCUCCAAUGUCUUUCGAGGAGGUGGCUGUGUUCUUCACGCCGGAGGAGUGGGCUCUGCUGGAUCCGGCCCAAAGAGCCCUCUACUGGGAAGUCAUGUAUGAAAAUUACGAGUCUGCCAUUUCUGUGGGUAAGGGCCUUUUCCCUUUUAUCAUGAGCGUGGACGGACUUCGGGUUCCUGGGCCAUUCCUCAACUCCGAGCAGCAUCCAAGCGAGAUGGUCUUCCUCCAGAGCUCUGAGAAAUCGGGACGGUGUGCUGGUGUCCUCUUGUCUGCUGCAGAAGGAUCUUCUGUUCCCAAAGAUUACUUCCACUCUUGCAUAGUGAAAGAGGAGUUUGUCCAGGACUCUGAGGAAGCCGAAAUACCAGCAGCACUGCAGUGA